GGGCGUGGUCAGUGAACGGUCGUCAGGGCGGACUCGGCGCUCCUCGGCGGCCUUCGUCUGGAGCUCGUGUGGGCCUCGGCUCCUCUUCGGGCACGAUCGUUCGGCCUUCGGCAGGCCAGGCUCGGCUCUCCUCGGCUGCCUUCGGCUCCUCUUCGGCUACGCUCCCGGAAGGGCGCCCAUGGAGCCGGCUUGCCGGCCUGCCAUGGCGCCUCUGCUGGAGUAUGAGCGGCAGCUGGUGCUGGAACUUCUGGACACCGACGGGCUGGUGGUGUGUGCCCGCGGGCUCGGCGCCGACCGACUCCUCUACCAUUUCCUCCGGCUGCACUGCCACCCGGCCUGCCUGGUGCUGGUGCUCAACACGCAGCCGGCCGAGGAGGAGUAUUUUAUCAAUCAGCUGAAGAUAGAAGGCGUGGAGCACCUCCCUCGGCGAGUAACCAAUGAAAUUGCAAGCAACAGCCGCUAUGAGGUGUAUACACAGGGCGGCAUUAUAUUCGCCACAAGUCGCAUCCUGGUGGUUGAUUUCCUGACCGAUAGAAUACCUUCAGAUUUAAUUACCGGCAUCCUGGUGUACAGGGCUCACAGAAUCAUCGAGUCUUGUCAGGAGGCGUUCAUCCUGCGCCUCUUCCGUCAGAAGAACAAACGGGGUUUUAUUAAAGCCUUCACAGACAACGCUGUCGCCUUCGAUACUGGCUUCUGCCACGUGGAGAGAGUGAUGAGGAAUCUUUUUGUGAAGAAGCUGUAUCUGUGGCCAAGGUUCCACGUGGCAGUGAACUCGUUCUUGGAACAGCACAAGCCUGAGGUCGUGGAGAUUCACGUCUCCAUGACCCCGGCCAUGCUCGCCAUCCAGACCGCCAUCCUGGACAUCUUAAACGCAUGUCUGAAGGAGCUCAAAUGCCACAACCCGGCGCUGGAAGUGGAAGACUUGUCUUUAGAAAACGCUAUCGGGAAACCUUUUGACAAGACAAUCCGCCACUAUCUGGACCCUUUGUGGCAUCAGCUUGGAGCCAAGACCAAGUCCUUGGUCCAGGAUUUGAAGGUCCUACGGACGUUGCUGCAGUAUCUCUCUCAGUAUGAUUGUGUCACAUUUCUUAACCUCCUGGAAUCCCUGAGAGCAACGGAGAAGGCUUUUGGUCAGAAUUCAGGUUGGCUCUUCCUGGACUCCAGCACCUCAAUGUUUGUAAAUGCUCGAGCAAGGGUUUACCGCGUUCCUGAUGCCAAGCUGAUGAAAAAAGGCAAAAUGUCUGAAAAUAUGGAAAUAAAAGAAGGGCAAGAGACAAGGAAGGAACUAGUCCUUGAAUGCAGCCCGAAGUGGGAGGCGCUGACCGAAGUAUUGAAGGAAAUAGAGGCAGAAAACAAGCAGAGUGAAGCACUCGGCGGUCCGGGUCAAGUGCUGGUCUGCGCCAGUGACGACCGCACCUGCUCGCAGCUGAAGGACUACCUCACGGCCGGGCCCGAGGCCUUCCUGCUCAGGCUCUACCGGCAGGCGUUCGAGAAGGACAGCCUCGCCGAGGAGGUGUGGGUGAGACUCCGGAAGGAGGACAGUUCACGGAGGACCCGCAGGUCUCAGAAGAGACCCAAAGACCCCCCAGUCAAAGAGCGUCCUGCGAAGGAAAGGGCUGGCCGAAAGAAGAAACCAAAGUUGACCUUAACCCAGAUGAUGGGGAGGCCGGAGGAUGAACUGGAGGAGGAAGGGGAAGCCGAGGAAGGCAAGCCCCGAGAAGUAGGCAGCAGCCCGGAAGGCAGCGUGGAGGAAGUGAGCCACGAGGAAUUCGAGGUCCAGUUGUCGUCGGACGCUGCCUACGGAAUCCUCAAAGAGCCCCUCACCAUCCUGCACCCGCUCCUGGGCUGCAGCGACCCCUACGCGCUGACGCGGGUCCUGCACGAGGUGGAGCCCAGAUACGUGGUUCUCUAUGAUGCUGAGCUCACCUUUGUUCGCCAGCUUGAAAUCUAUAGGGCCAGCAGGCCCGGGAAGCCCCUGAGGGUUUACUUCCUGAUCUACGGAGGCUCCACGGAGGAGCAGCGCUACCUCACGGCUCUACGCAAAGAGAAGGAAGCCUUUGAGAAGCUCAUCAGAGAGAAGGCCAGCAUGGUUGUCCCUGAAGAGAGAGAAGGCCGAGACGAAACCAAUCUGGACUUGGCAAGAGGCGCUGCGUCCACAAACGCUCCCACAGACACGCGCAAGGCCGGUGGCCAGGAGCAGAACCAUAUGCAGCAGAGCAUCGUCGUGGACAUGCGUGAGUUCCGGAGCGAGCUCCCAUCGCUGAUCCAUCGCAGGGGCAUCGACAUCGAGCCUGUGACCCUGGAGGUCGGGGACUACAUCCUGACCCCAGACAUGUGCGUGGAACGCAAGAGCAUCAGCGACCUGAUCGGGUCCUUGAACAACGGCCGUCUCUACAGCCAGUGCGUCUCCAUGUCCCGCUACUACAAGCGGCCCGUGCUGUUGAUCGAGUUCGACCCCAGCAAGCCCUUCUCCCUCACAUCCCGAGGUGCCUUGUACCAGGAGAUCUCCAGCAACGACAUCAGCUCCAAGCUCACACUGCUCACGCUCCACUUCCCCAGGCUUCGCAUUCUCUGGUGCCCCUCCCCCUACGCCACCGCCGAGCUGUUUGAGGAGCUGAAACGCAACAAGCCACAACCCAACGCAGCGAUGGCCCUGGCUGUGACAGCCGACUCCGAGACCCUGCCCGAGUCGGACAAGUACAACCCUGGCCCCCAGGACUUCUUGUUGAAGAUGCCCGGGGUCAAUGCCAAGAACUGCCGCUCAUUGAUGAACCGCGUGAAGAACAUCGCGGAACUGGCCAGUCUGUCCCAGGAGGAGCUCACGAGCAUCCUGGGCAACGCCGCCAAUGCCAAGCAGCUGCACGACUUCAUGCACACCUCCUAUGCCGAGGUGGCAUCCCGGGGGAAAGUGAAGAAGUGAGCCACGGAGGCCGGCCUCUCAUCCCACGCCUGCGCUGUCCGCCUGCCCCGUGUCGGCCAGCGGAGCUCACUGUCUGCGACAAGCUCGGUGCUGAUCUGCAGAGCAGAAAGUGCUUAGAGGUUCUUUCCCCAGGGACAGGGACCAGGAUUCCCCUCACUCCAGCCCCUCGAGGUCAUCCUCGCUGUCCCACGGCGGCCCCCGCCCCAGCUUGCACUGUCUCUGCCAGGCCCUCGGGCACCCAGCCCUACAGGGGGUGGCAGGAUCAGGUAGUUUCUGCAAGACUUGGUUUGUGCAGGCUCCUUGAAACCUAGCAGAAAUGUGUUUUUCCUAUGCAAACAGUAAGGCACGCAGUCAUGUUCUCAUCCUCUGUCUACACAGGGCCCUCUGUCUACACUCACAGGAUCAUCCCUUUGCCAUUUCCCCUGGCCAGUGCUCCACACCACGUCGUCUUCAGCUACACACCUCCUCCACCUUGUAGUUCCUGCUCCUGCGAGACCGGCCAGCUAGGCUUCAGGUCCCAUACAUGUAGGUAGCGUGCACUACACCUUGACUGUUCAGAACCAAUAUUGCCAAGGCACAAAACAAUUCACCUGCUUGCAGAACAGGCUGGCCCAGGGAAGAGCCCUGGGGCUUGGCAGUUGCUACAGCUGAGUCAAGUCCAGGGAGCGCCCUGUCCAGAUGGCGGUCAUGGACAGCUGCAGGAACCCCUCCCUUCUGGGCAGGCCCAUGUUGGGAAGGAGUUUUCCUUCCUCAAGUUGAGAUAAAGGACUGCAGGUAGAUGAAAGCGCAGUGCACGGACUAUGUACAAGUUCAAGAAAAAAAGAAGUAUGUAUUUAAAAACCCCUAAGGAACACAAUCUCAUUUGGAACCUACUUCCCGUUGAUUUAGGGUUUCCUUUUAUGGAUGUGAACAUACAGGGUAUUCGUAGCACCUUUGUACAGUUUUUAAACUUUUCUAUUUAAACAUUGACAUGCACAGCGAUGCCUAAUAAAUUUCCUACCUCAAGAGCUGGCAUAGACAUGAAUUCAGCCAGCCAUGAUCCCAUUGGAAUGUGUCAUCAAUGUCACCUGGUUUUUAUUGUUUGUCACAUUGACGGAGAGCAUGUGACACAAAAUCAUCUUCAGCAAAAGUAGUUUUAGCUGAAGACCAAAAAAAUUGAAGUCUUCAACUUUAACAAAAAAGAUUUUUAACUGCCUUUCCAAACUUGGCUCUCAUGUUGGCGUCUCGAUGUGGCCGUGCUGGGCCGUGGAUGUGGAUCAGUAACUGCGGACGAGGCUGUCAGAGCUGGACUGGUUUUCCUGGAACUCGGCCACGUGACACAGAGGAUGGCCGCGAGGACAGGAGCCCAAGAUCAGUGGAAGGUGGGAGAAAGAUUCGCACUGCAGCUUUUGUCCCGGGGUGAAAGCAGAAAUGCGGAGUGGUGCCAGGCUGAAUUUGCAGGCUCCCUUU